UUCUACAUCUCUCAAGUCUUCACAUUCCCGAGAGAUCGAUCUUACCACACAUUUCUCGUGGCGGAUUCGAUUUCCAGUUGAUUAAUGAUAACCUAAUUUCGAGACAUUCUAAAGCCGAUCGACUAUCGAAUUUCUAUACGCGCGCCUUACGCCUAGCUCACCGACAUUGUAGACACCAUCUCCAUUUGCAACAGCAUUGGGGAGGAUGCCUGCGGCCACGGAUGGCCCGACAGUUGCCCUGUCGUUCGCCAAUAACUUCUGGGGCAAAGAUGACGCCGGCGUCGGGCCAUUGCUCGAUCGCAUGGCCUCUGCGAAGCAGACCAGCGACGAGCUUAGAUCUUUCUACAGCGCACGUGCCUCCAUCGAAGAUGAAUACGCCCGAAAGCUUCUAUCCUUAUGCCGAAAACCGUUGGGCACACAUGAGAUGGGGAGUCUGAAGGGCUCGUUAGAUACCGUACGAGGAGAGGUCGAAUCUAUGGGCAAACAGCAUGCUGGAAUAGCGGCCCAGAUGAAGAGCGAAUUAGAAGAGCCACUUGCUGCUUUCGCCGGCGGAAUGAAAGAGAGACGCAAGAUCAUCCAAGGUACGGUGGAGAAGCUCCUCAAGGUCAAGAUACAACAAACGAACCAGGUUAAUAAAACUCGUGAUCGUUACGAGAACGAUUGCUUGAAAAUAAAAGGCUACCUAGCUCAAGGGCACAUGGUCAUGGGCCAGGAGGAGAGAAAGAAUAAAGCUAGGUUGGAAAAGACACAGAUCAGUCUUGCUACAUCCAACACCGAGUACGAGAACGCGGUUAAGGUUCUCGAAGAGACCACCGCGAGAUGGAACAGGGAGUGGAAGGCAGCUGCCGACAAGUUCCAAGAUCUCGAAGAGGAGAGACUGGAUUUUACAAAAAGCAGCAUGUGGACAUUCGCUAACAUCGCAUCUACCGUCUGCGUUAGUGACGAUGCGUCAUGCGAGAAGAUCCGUCUAUCCCUCGAAAAGAUGGAUGUCGAGAAGGACAUAAUCCACUUCAUCAGUGAGAAGGGAACUGGCCAGGAAAUCCCAGACCCGCCUAAGUACAUCAACUUCUGUCGUGGUGACGUAGAAGACCAUCAUUCAGAGGUCUCCGACGACGAUAAUUACUCAGUGGCACAAUUCCCACGAAGUAUCAACCCUGCAUUCCGCACCUCAUCACCUCAACCAUCAACCUUCGAGUCGCAUCACGAUCCUAACUCCGCUCUCGCCCGAAAUCUAGCACACGAACCCCCCGUAGCUGCGCCUGCACCGCUUGCGAGGGAACCAGCCGCAUCACCCCAAAAGGCUACAGUGACUACGAUGGUCCAGCAAGAACGCCGGCGAGCAAAUGACCCGCUACAAUACCCACGUAGCAUUAAUCCCGGAUUCUCAGCCCCCUCCCCCCAACCAUCUACCUACGAAUCUCAUCAUGAUCCUGAUUCCUCACUUGCUCGAGAUCUCCAACGCCGAGACCGAGACCCUAAUCCUCCUGCUCCUCGAGACGUAGUGCCUCGGGAUCUAGUAACUCGAGAUGUCGCCCCUCGAGAUAUCGCCCCGAGGGAUAUUACUCCGAGGGAAGUUAUUCGAGAUAUAGUGCCUCGAAGUCUACAACGUAAUGACCCUACUUCCUCAUUUUCGCGAGAUAUUCAGCGUCACGAACCCGAAUUAUCUCUAUCGCGCGAUCUACAAAGGCAAGAUCUCCAGCGGCAAGAGUUACAGCGUGAAGAAUUGCAGCGCCAGGAGUUACAACGUCAAGAACUACAACGCCAAGAUUUGCAACGCCAGGAACUACAGCGACAAGAGCAGCAGCGAGAACAGCAGCGAGAACAGCAGCGACUGGAGCAGCAAAGACAGGAGCAACAACGGCAGGAGCAACAGCGUCAAGAAUUACAACGCCAAGAGUUGCAACGCCAUGAGCCUACUCCUCCCGUAACUCGAGAGCUGCCGCGCAGUGACCCUCCGCCACUAUCCAACAGGGAUCCGGUUGUCCAUACGCAUAAAUCCUCAGGAUCUAUCUCCGGGUCUAUCAUGUCGCAAGGGGGCCGAAAGGGAAGUACUCAGCAGUACGACGCUUCCCACUUUGCUCCCGUUCCUCACGACCCGUAUCCCUUGGAUGGUAUGACGAUGCUUUGCCGCACAGAUGGUAUGAAUUCGGCUACGAGCUCGAAUUUGUCUGCGCGGCCAUCAAGCCGUGACGAUAACAGCGAGUACUCGAACCCGACAUCCUUCUCUAGUCAGGAGCCAGCAAGCGGUAUGGUGUCGCCCACAAAGCAGGAACCAGAACCCGUAGUAGCAGCAUCCCCUGAAAAGCGCAUGAUGAAGAAAAAGAGCGGAUUCUUCCAAAAUCACAGCCCGUUCCGCCGAAAGAGUGUCAAAGAUACACAGCAGCCGGUGCAAACAUCUAACAGAAACACCUGGGGCCCUGUAGCUUCUCGAACUCCUCAGGCGUCUCCAACUAAGAUUCAAACACAAACUCAAAACACACCCACUUCUCGACGGCCUGCCUUCCAGCCUCCACAACCGGCACCAGAGCCCCAGACCAUAAUUCCAGAUAGGGCAGAGAGAACAGCCAGUCCUGAUCCGAUUGAUGCAAACGCAAGUCUAGCAUUGAAUGUAGGGCAGAACGUAUUCCAUGUUGCGAAUACCGAUAAGCGCAACAAGGCGAACGACAGUACUCCAGCAGCACCAGAGGAAGAUCCCAUCGCUCUAGCCCUAGCAGAACUUAAGGGUGUUGGUAGCAAUAAGCAAGCUGCUGGACGAAUUUCGGCUGAUCACUACCAUGGUCUCGCUACGCCCGUGCCAGACCGAGCCCAGAAUAUGUCCCGCUCCGUGCCCGCUCCAAGGGGAAGCAGUGAUGUGGGCGCCGCCGUGAGAGGCACCCCACCACCGUCGUAUGACCAGCAGGUCACCGCAGUGCAGCGACUAGGAGUCCCACCGCCCGCAGUUACAUCCAAGGCGAUGCAAGAAGCAUCUCGGAAGUACGCGGAGCAGACGAGGGACAUGUUCAGUGCUAAGCGCCCUGGAUCCGGAGCGUAUACUAGUGGUACACAAUCCUCCAAAUUUUCACGGCCCGGGACCAGAGGCAGCGAGAUGCCUCGCGCGACAUCACCGGCAGCCCCACGUGCCACUUCUCCCCGACCUGGAAUGCACCAGGAUACACGUCAAAGCCACCGAUCAGUGUCGCCGAACCCAUAUAGCAGCAGUCAGACGCGAAACUCACCAGCAGCUUCGCCGAGCUCAUAUGGUGGUACUCGAAACUCACCGCAACCAGCUUCACCAGUUUCGCCGAUGUCCUAUGGCGGUGCUCGACAGCAAGCCUCACCACAACCUGCCAUGUCCGUGAAGCGGGGAUCGGAUCAAGGAUACUACAGACAAAACAACUCGUCGGCCAACUCAAUCAGAGCACCUUCUCCAUCCCCUUAUAGGGGCGAUUAUAGUCGCCCGACUAGUAGAGCUGGCGAGAUGGCUAUGCAGCUUGCCCCAGUCGGCGGAGACGGCUCCGUCUACGGAUCGAUGCGAGGACGGGGCAACGGUAGACCCGAUACCAGUGCAAGCUCUAGGGGAAUGACGGGAGCCAUGACUUUCUACGAUGGACGAGACCCUGUAGCCGAGAGCUCGAGACAACGCAGUAAGAGUGUGGCAGAUCCGAGUCGACAAUAUACACCAGACGGUCGGGCUAUCCUGCAUUAUGCUCGAGCAUUGUACAUGUACCAGGCGGCGAUCCCCGAAGAGCUUGGCUUUGCCAAAGGCGAUGUCUUGGCCGUUCUUCGACACCAAGACGACGGUUGGUGGGAAGCUGAGAUUCACUCCGGGCAAGGCGUUGGUAGGUCCGGUUUGGUGCCUAGUAAUUAUCUGCAACCAUGUUAAAUCAACAUGGCGAGCAAGGGGUUUUGUCCUUGGUUAACGAAGGUUGACGAGACAAAGAUUGAUGUUGAUACGUAUGUC